AUGGUACUGUACAAUAUAAAUUCGAACAUGGCAGCCUCGUGCUCGCGUACCACCUGGGCACUCUCCUCUUUCCCCCGCGCAAACAACAUGUACACAUACAUCUUAGCCCUUACCACCUUCUUUGCUUUCCUCUACCGCUUCCGCAAUGUCGGCAGUCGCCCCAAAGAUCUUCCUCCCGGCCCGCCUACCAUCCCUUUCUUCGGCAACUUGCACCAGAUGCCGUCCUCGAAAGCGUGGCACCAGUUCAAGAAAUGGGCGGAAGAGUAUGGCCCGAUUUACUCCCUCAUGCUCGGUCCAAACAACGUCAUGAUAGUGUGCUCUUCAGACGAAGCGGUGAAAGAGCUGCUAGACAGACGCAGCGGCGUAUAUAGCAGUAGACCGCCUUUGUACAUCGGGAACCUGAUCAGCGGGUGGAUGAGGAUGUUGCUAAUGGUAACGUGCACUGUGAUCCGGAAAAGGAAAGCAGCUGAUCGCGAGCAGGAGUACGGUAAGACGUGGAGGUUCGUGCGAAGCCUCGUGCACGAGCAUUUGAACAUCAAAGCGAGCAUUAGCUAUGUGCCGUACCAGGAUCUGGAGAAUAGGCAGAUGUUGCUGGGGUUUUUGGAGAGUCCGGAGAGGUGGGUGGAUCAUAUGCGGAGGUAUACGAAUGCGUUGACGACGCAGAUGGUGUUUGGGUUUCGGACGGUGGAUAUCAAUGAUGGGGAUAUGCACCGGUUGUUUGAGGUAAGGUUUUUCGAAGUCACCGGAUCUGGAAGUUCGGCUGUUCAAGAAUGGGAUUGA